AUGGGACGCAAGCGGCAGAAGAAGCGUGGACGGCGCGGACAGCAGCAGCAGCAACAGCAGAGGCAGAAGAAGAAGGGCGCCGACGUCGCCCCGGUCGCCCAGGACGCCACACCCGCGCCCGUGGUCGAGGAGGAGGUCAUGCCCGAGCCCGAGUACCUGUCGGCAGAGGUGGUGAACGCCAUCGACUGGUCCGACUACGAUGUGGAGAAGCUCGACAGCGAGUUCUGGGUCGCGGUGGCUGCCUUUGAGCUCCGUAAUCACGGAUCGACCGAUCUGGGGCAUCUGGCUGAUCGUGCUGGAGUCAUCAACGCAGAGUACGCAGAGGCACGGGCAGCCAAGGACGCUGAGCGCGCCGCGCAGUGGGCUGCUAUCCAGAGUGCCGCCGACAAGAUCAAAAACCCGAACCGCGGCAAAGACGCUGCAGAGACUGAUGCAGAGACUGAUGCAGAGACUGAUGCAGAGCCUGGCGCUGACGACGCCGAGCCUGCCUCCGAGUCUGACCCCGUGGCCGAGCCUGCCUCCGAGUCUGACCCCGUGGCCGAGCCUGCCUCCGAGUCUGACCCCGUGGUCGAGGCCGUGGCCGAACCCGAGCCAAAGCCAAAGCUCGAGCCCGAGCCCGAGUUCGAACACAUCCAGACGGCCCUCGAUCAGACCUCAGACGCGCCCGUGGAUCAGAGCCCGGCUUCGCCGAAGCGCACGCCGCUGACACUCGAUGUCAGCGGCGCAGACUCGGCGGCAACGGUCGAUGGCGAGGAGGAUGAUCCCGAAUCAAUCGGCCUCCCAUCGCCGCACUCGAGCGAGUAAGCCCUCGUACGACGACGCCAUCCUUCCGCUUUGCAACAAUACGUUUCACCACGGGCCGGGCCGGGUCCAGCAGUCGGCGUACUCGACCACGACUCGCACCCGUCGCUGGGCCUGAAGCCCGCGAUGCGGGACAAGUCCCGCUAUCCCCGC